CGCCGAUGCUUGGUGGUGGACCGUCGGUGGAAGCUGUCCCUUCGCUCUACAGUUUAGCCCAGAGGAUCAACGCUCUUAGUCGCCCUGGGGUGGUGAUGGCAGAUGUGACCAGGUUUGUGCAGGGCGCGGCUCGGUCCAUUGAUAUGAUGCCGGACUUGGAUCGGCCAGCCUUGGCGCAUCUGGCGAGUAUCUUGCAGUUCUCAACACGGUUUGCGCAGCCUGAAGAUUCCGCGAUACUUGUGCGAUGUUCUCUACCACAUUUGAAAAAUAACUUAGUCAGGGCAGAGGAUACGACUAUAGCGAGCAUUUUAAACUCAAUAUCGAAGGUUGUGGGAAUCGAACCCGGGAUCGCUCGGACGGCCGGCGAGGCAGUGGAAGCAUCUAAGGUGCUUGAGACCGGCAGGAUCAUUGCUGUGAUCACGACAAUGCGGGCGCUGGCGAGGCUUGGGUAUGAUGAUGGGGGUAGCCAGUUGUUCCCGAAAGUGAGGGACCUUAUAAUGAGCAGAGUAGAUGACCUUUGCCCUGAGGACUUAUGUUCGGCCCUUCAAAUCUUCACUGGUGGGAGGGAGCAUGUUGUAGGAGAUGAACUACUCCAGCGAGUGAAGAUGCGCCUCCUUGCUAGUGCUGAUAUACAGGGCAGUACUGCGGCCAGUUUGCUCUACAGUCUUAGUAUGUAUGAAGUAAGUGAUUGCAGGCUGGUCAUUGACAAACUGGCACACGCUGUGGUGCUCAGUGGAGACUCCUUAGAAGUCGACAGCAUCACCCUAGCUGUAACUGCUCUGGCUAGUUUCGAGGCCACUGACACGAAAUUGUUGCUGGCCCUUGUCGAGCCGCUCAAAAGCCGACUAAAUGAGCUCCGGCCAAGGAACGUCAAUGCUGUAGUCCUGGCUGCCGCUAAGAUGCGCUUUUAUGACUAUCGUAUGCUAUCUCAUAUGACUCACUGUGCCCUAAACGCUCUCGGCCUCAAAGAGUUCACUACAGUGGAGCUGGGCAUGCUCGUCCAGGGACUGACCAAACUGAAGUUCGGCAACAACAUGCUGUAUGUAUCGUUGUUCACUGCUAUUACUCAGCGACGAGGAGAAGCCUCCCCUAUCGCCUUGUCCAUGGCUCUUGAUGCAGUGCAUAGGAAGCUGUAUGGCAUCCGGAAAAGUCGGGGGCCCAUUAGCAUUCCGCUGACUCUUUGGAUCUGCCGUAUCUUAUUGCCCUCCACAGCGAAGUUGCCGGCGAAAGCAGCGGUGCUCAGGGAAGCUUUGGGCCCUAGUGGAGAGGCCGAGCGAGGGUCUGGCAAGGGAGUAGGCCGGAAGCACGACGACGAGCCUCAAGGAGAACAAGAGGAUAGAGUGGAGGAGCAGGAGGACGCCAUAGGAGUGGAGGCCGAGGCAGUUGCCGCGGCUGCUGCAGCAUUGGUGAAUGAAGCGACCCGGCAGAGUGGAGAGCCUAUGUCGACUCGGCCGUCUCUUAUUAUGCCCCCGCAGACGCUCAUCGAAUGCAAUGAGGAACAUCCCAAGCGAGAUGCCUGCAGCAGCUAUGGCCAGCAGCAUGUGGGAGAGCCACCAGGGUUCGAGUCAUACAGACCUAACAUCAGCAAUGGUCGCAAUAGACAGGGGGAGCCCGACGACAAUCACCGUCAUCAGCCUACCGCAAAUGAGCUCGAAAUUCAGCGGAGCAUCUUGGCCGCUGCAAAGUCGCGGUCUGUCCACGGGCUCCUUAUGAUAGUGGAAGCCCAUCUGCAUGAGCUCAACUCGGUGAAUGUGUCGACCCUAAUACACCGUCUAGCGAGUUUGACACAAAACCAAGAACAGAACCAGAGAGCCCUUGCCAAGGACGCGAGAGUGAAGCAAGUCCUUAGGCGAGCCAUUGAAUUGGUAUCGACCUCUAGCUGCCAGUCCCUGUCCAAUAUAUGUUGGGCGAUUGGUAAGCUGCAGAUGGUUGAGGAGACGGAGGUGGUCCGAGCCAUUGUGGAGGCUGCCAAGACUCGACUACACCACUUCCGCCCCCAGAAUUUCUCUAAUAUGCUCUACGGGCUAUCUCGAGUCGGGUAUUGUGAUAGAGAGCUGAUGGACUUGGUCGCUAAGGAGGUGGCGAAUAGUCUGGCCACGUUCAAGCCCCAGGAGGUCUCCAACCUCCUCUAUGCUUAUGGACGGCUCAACUGUUACAAUGAAAAACUGCUGCAGGAGAUCUGCGCUUGCGUGGCCGCAAUGAUGCCACGCUACGACGGCCAGGGGGUUGGCAAUGUGAUGUGCUCGCUGGCCAAGCUAAACUAUUCCUCCACUCAGUUGAUGGAUGCGGUUGCUGCUGAUGUGGUAUUGACUCCAUACAAAUACGGCAAGUUCCUCAUCUCGAAGGUCCUUCGUCCCAUGUACAGUUUGGGCUACACCAGCUUGCCUAUGUUGAUGACAGCAAGCAGUUACGUCCUGGACAACCUCUCCGUUGUGAGGGUCGAUGAGAUUAUCACCGUCAUGCAGGCAUUCGACCAGGAGAGCGUCAAGGCUCCGCCCUUGGGAGUAGAAGAACUGCACGUCAUGCCAGACCUGGCCUUGGGGUUGCCGGAUUACGAGUCUGCCUGUGGCAGAGUGGGUGCCCUUAUGCAAGCUACUGCCCAUAAGUUCUCUACAGUGGCCAAGCUAGAGGAUGUCUCAUUAGAGGACAUUGUGCUACUGUUUAGUCUUAUGGCCCGUCUUGGGAUGAAGGCAAAUUCCAGCAACGGCGGCUUCCUGUUGUCGUCGUGUGCCAGGAUAUUGCAGAAUCUUGACACUCUCAGUGGGGAGCAAAUAAAAUCAAUCCUCCGGUCCUGUGCGAUGAUGGAGCUCGCCCUGGCCAGCUUUGAGGAGAGGUUAAUGAACGAGAUUGCUGAUGACCCCUUCACCAUUGUCGAGGCCUCAUCAACAGCUGCUGGAACGGCCUCCUGCAGCUCCCCCGAGUCCUUCAUAAACGCCCCAGCCGCUUCAGAGUCCAUGCCUGUUGAUCUCAUAUCAUCAGCAGAUAGUGUUCCUAUGCUGCCCGAGUCGGUGACUGGGGGUGGGUGGAGUCCCGAAGCCUUAGAGUACCUGUUGGAGAACGACACUGAGCCUUUCGAACACUUCCAUGAUGGAAGUCACGCUGACUACUGGUGGCCAUUAAUCGGUUGA